AUGAGUAAUAAUCAGGGAAAAAUUCAAAAAAAAAAUAUAAAUAAUCAUGGCGUGAAUGAGCAGAACGGAACAGGACGCUCCGACCGUGAAAACGAGCAAUUACAAUCCUCCCGUGAAAAUAAAAGCGGCCACGAAUAUAAAAAAGACCCUGACCCAAAUAAGUUUCCAAUUGCUGCUCAAUCUGCUGAAAUUUCUGCUGAGGUGAAACAUCUUAUGGAGGAAAAUUCAGAAUUACGUCAAUUUAAUCAAAAGAUUAAAGGAGAUUUUAAUGAAUUUCGUAAAACUUGUGAACGGACGAUUAACGAUAAAAUCCAGACGAUAAACGAUCAAAACCAGACGAUUAACGAACAAAACCAGACGAUUAACGAUCACCUUCAGACGAUUAACUAUCAAAGAUCUGAAUUCUCAAAAGCUUAUCAGGCGCUUCAAAACGAUCACAACGGUCUAAAAGCUUUAUAUACCAAAGAAGACAAGGAAUGGAAAAAAGAGAAGAAAGCAUUCAACCAAGAAAUUUCUGAACUCCAACAGAAAAACAAUGACUUGGAAUCUAUGAUAGAAAGGUUUAAUGAAGCGUAUAAAAAGUUAGCUAUCGAGCUAAACAAUAAAGACACAUCGUAUCAAACCCAAAAUCGAAACUGGGAAAUCGAGCGUUUGAAGAACAAAGAAACAACCGAAAAUCUUCAAAACGAAGUCAUUUCUUUAAAAGCGGAAGCGGCUCAAUUUCAAUCGGCUCUUGGGAACGCUAGAAAUGUUCGUUGGGAUGAUGAAGAUGUAAAUAAUUCCGUCAACCUUAAUAAAGAUAUCAAGGCACUUCAAAAUUCUUUACGUGAAUUUACCCAACUGAAAGGCAAGGCAUACAUCGUAAAAGAAAGUGGUGUAAAGCAACUCUUUAACAAAUAUAAUUCAAAAGCGAAUAUUGAACAUAAACCAUCGAUAAGUGCCGCUUUGCAACGAUUGACUAUUGAAACUAUCCUUAACGACUAUGCUAAAUAUAUAAAUACACGUAGCUCAACAAAAUCUAAUGCAGAAGAUAAUUCAUUGGAACGUCAACUCUUAAUCUAUAAUGAAACAAUUACAAAAAUCAUUGAAAAUUUUGCUGAAACUCGUGCUAAAAAUGAUGAAAUGGUUAGAAUAACUGGAAUCAAAAUUCGCCAAGCAGUUUACGCGAUGUUAGGAAAUAGUGGUUUCGGGAAAAAAAACCACAAAUUUGUCGCCGAUACAAAAUAUAAUCUCCUCGAUACAUUGAUGAAUUAUCGAACAAUCGUAACUCAUGAGAAACGUAAAGAACAAGAUGAACGCGCGGGAGAUAUUACACUUAGUGUUACUCGUAUUUUCAAGUUUCGUCUUUUGGCCCAGGAACCGAUUGCUACUUUUCGGUGGUUCGAAAAUGGAGAUCAAUUAAAUGAAACCUUGAUGGAAUGGGUUUCGAACGGUGAAGAUGAUUCGGACAUGGUUGUCGAUAUCUGUGCGUUUCCAGCAAUCGGUGUCAACCUUGAUGAUCCCAAUAAAUGGCAAAUCUAUAUGAGAGCCAAGGUAGUAAUUUGCAAUAAAUCAGAGGUUUCUCAAGAAAAAAAUGAAGGUUUACUUGGCAAAUUGAUUUCGUAUUCCAGUGCGGUGAAAAAAUCUAUAUUCUAA